CUUCGGUUUAUGUUUGACGGGAUUCAAAUAAGAUACAGUGCUGCAACAAAAGAAGGAGACAAUGGUAAAAUUGCAAAGCAAGCAUGGUGCAACUUUGCAUACGCUUGAGGAUUUGAGGAAAUCCGGAUUUGGGCGACCUUCUCCAAGACAUGGCUUACAACUCCUCUACUGGUUUGUCAAUGACGGUUUGGAGUUUGAUUUCUACGACAACAUGUUGGCACAGUGUCACCCAGAGCAAGGGGACUAUGGCUUCCACCACUUUGGCAACUUUGAGAAGAUUCUCCCUUUAAUUGUGCAGAACUCAAGAGAGACAUAUUACGAGGUUGGCAAUCUAAAUCCAGAGCGAUACCCAGAAGCUUUGAAUCUACCCGAGUAUGUGAGAGAGAAUUAUGGGAUGGCACGCAACUUCUAUAAGAGCAAUAAAGAUCGUAUCAUUGUAAGAUACAAGUCGCCAAAUUUGAUACUGAAGGUGUACAUCACACAACACCAAUCUGAGGGCUUUGAUACUGAACACACUCACCUCUUGGGUCACAACCUUAUUCAGGACAUCAAACAUGCUGAUCUGGAUCUGGGGACCUUCCUAAGGCAGGCUGGAUUCACCUCUUACCUGACAUGGUUUCCUCCUCUUCAUAACAUCAUCAGCUCUAUUCAGUAUGCCAGUGGCAUCACAGACAAUAGGUCUGAGUCUGAAUCUAUGCCCUUAAGGAGGGAGAGGAUCCAGGACUCUGAACUGGGUCUGCCCCUCUCGGAUCUCCAUGCUGCAUCAUGCACUCUUAAAAUGAGCAUUCUGGGAGGCAUAAUUGCUUUGAUCUUACUGGUUGUUCUUAUUGUUACCCUGUAUUUCCUGGGUGUGUUCUAGCGUAAAGGGCAUUUGAUUAAAUGGUUGCAGGAAUAGUCAAGACUGGUUUAAUCCUUUCAUGAAGUUCAUUAUUAUUGUUAUUAUCAAAACAGUAACAGAAGUCUUUGGUGAUAAUGUCCUGUAUGUCCAAAACAAUAAUGUUGACCCAAAUUAUCACCUAAAAAAUGUUUUGCACUGUUUACCAUGGUUUUCUGAUUGAAUGACAUGUUUGGUCACAACGAUAUGCAACAGCCUUUUGAGGUAGUUCUACUUCUGUCUUGUCAGAACUUUUGCAACAACAUACUGAUUGGCUAGAACUGUUAAUGGCUCUGUCCAGGCAAUUUUAUUGUCUCCAUAUUUACAAAGCAAGAGGUAUAUACUAUGAAACUAUGUUAUGUAUAAAGCAAGAUAUGGGUUCAUAUUUGGCAAGCAAAGGAAAAAGUUGUUGUAUUGUUGCUUGCUAUUUUAAAUAUA